GUAAAUUCCCCAAAACCCCGUUUGUUUUAACCUAUCCUUUCUUCCCCUGGUGCUGGCGGCUGUUGCGACGCUCCCGACCUAAACCCUAGCCGAGGAAGCUCGAUACGGGUGGAGUUGCGGCCUAUGAGGAAGAAGAUAUAUUGAGCGAAGUGUCCGAAACCCUCGACGAGAAAGUAUCAAGGAAGUCGCGACGUGGUAUCGCAGGCGAAGGCAUCGAGCAGCUCAACGAAAUAAUUCUAAAUUCAGAUAAUCAUGUUGGAUGUGGAUUCGAAGCCCCUUAAUUAUGUUCAUGAAAACGUGUUGAGGAAAAGGAAGGCUAAUGAAGAAUGGGCCAUAAAGAAGAGGGAACGGAUUGAUGCAAGAAAGAGACGUCACAUAGAGAACAGAAAAUUCGCCAUUAAACGGCCAGAGCAGUUUGUGAAAGAGUAUCGUGACAAGGAUUUAGAUCGGGUUCGAGCAAAACAAAGGCUGAAAUUGAUGAAAUUGCCAGCAACUGCCUUGAAGUCUGAUUUACUCUUUGUCCUCCGCACGCAAGGAAAGAACGAUAUGUGCUCGCAGACAAAAAAAAUUUUGAAGAGGUUGAGGUUGAGACAUAUCCUUAGUGGUGUAUUUUUAAGAGCUAAUGAUGCGGUUCUAAGAAUGUUAACUAGUGUUGAACCAUUUGUUUCUUAUGGUUAUCCAAAUUUGAAAAGUGUGAGAGAGUUGGUUUAUAAAAAGGGCUGUGGAAUGAUAGACAAGCAACCGGUGCCUCUCACAGACAACAAUGUGAUCGAGCAGGCGCUGGGGAAGCAUGGCAUCAUCUGCAUUGAAGAUCUUGUGCAUGAGAUCUGUACACUUGGUCCACAUUUCAGGACAGUGACGAGCUUUCUACGGCCAUUUCAACUUAAAAGGCCAGAGAGAUUUCCUAAGAUGUCUAAGAGGCCUUACAAAAAUGGAGGUGAUGCAGGCAACCGUGAAGAACGCAUCAAUGAAUUUAUUGAUCUCUUAAACUGAAUGAGGUAAACACUAUUCUGUUAAUUUGUUUUUUUCCCUGAAAACUUGAUUAUAUGAAUUGUAUUUUCAUCCUUAUCUAGUUAUUUUUCAUGCUAAAAAUCUUAUAAGCAU